GACACGCGACAUCCAAUUUUCUCGCAUUUCGAUCAGUUUCUAUGCCAAUUCUCCCACGGCACGCAAACCGCCAACAUGUUAGUUUCCGUGCAUGAUCGAUUUCACAGCACAGGCUUAGGGUAGGACAACCGUUCUGGAAUGAUUUCGCCCUCCCUCGUUGAUCGACAUUGUCGUCACGGACCAUCAAUGGACCCGAAGCACGCAUUUCCAAUCUCCAUAAUUCUUUGUCCCUUUUCCCAAUCUUUGGUACGGGGUCCGAGAUACCCGAGAACAGCAUCAAUUCACGACCUUGAAAAGCAUCGCCAUACACCAAGGUCAUACGGUCCGUCUCCCCAAUCUUGCAGCUGGAACGAGUUGUGUAGCGCUACAAUAUCGCGAAAAACCACUACAAUCGUUUCAUGCUCGUUCUCACUGAAGCUGACAUGCCCCAACCGCGCCGUGCAGCUGAUGAAGCAGCCACUCUGGCAUGCCUCUGCAAUCGGAAAUAACCACUGAUAGCACUGUUUCAGGUCAGAUGCCACUUGUAGACGAUUGAUAACAACCGUCUGCAUCCUUGUCCUUCAUGGAGGAAAAAAGGAGCGUCGACAUUUCUGGGUCACGGACAUGGGUGGAGAAGAGAAAUCGGCCCAUUUUGUUAGCAUAUCUAUCAACAUGGACAUAAAGCCUACCAACAAGAGUCUAGAUCCCUGAAUUCAUUUAUCUGAUUACCAAUGCUUCGAGACAUCUUUUUACUCCAAAUAACAAGUGCUGGCCUUUGCGCUGUAUACGAAUGGACAAGAUGGGUAAUUGCCUUUUUGAGAGCGGCCAAGAGCUGGAUCAGCCUUAUAGUCUAGGCAUGUAAUUGGAUGGGUAAUUUCAUGCUAUAACACGGUGUUUAUCUCCGUUGACCCGUUCUGAACUUCUGAUCCUUCGUGUUGCUCGGUGUUCAAAGCUUAGCAUUCCAAGAGAAAUGAGCUCUGCCGAUCCCUCUCCAAGCAGACUCACUCUCAGUCUCAAUCAGGAAUGCAACCAACAGCCAUGUGAACAGCAGAAACAGUCACUGCUGAUCAAUUCUACGUGUCUCUGCGUCUCUAGGGUAGCGUCACGUCACGUCACGUCCGACAUCGUCAUCAGACCGCGCCCUUGCAUCAAGCGCGCCCUGCCACGACGGCGGGCUUUUCCCGAACCAAUGACAAAAGCAAAGUUGUUCUAGAAGACCAGCUAGCGCCGCUUGAGAAAAUUUCUGGAAGGAAAAAAACUCGACAUGUGUGGCUGCGGACCCGAGGUUGCAGGCUCGGUAAGCCCGACAUGAUGCGACGGAGAAUACGGGACAUUUAUUUUUCUGCAGCAGACUUUUCUGUGUUGGGUAGGUCGUUUUUGUCUGGUGAGGCAAUAAACCUGGGUUUAAGGGGCGAUCAUUUUAGUUCACUUCUAAUACAAGCUUAACCCGUGCUUGGUCUAGCCACAUUUUUAUUUUUUCCUCAGUUUCACGAUUCAAGCUUCAUGAUCUAGGAGAUGUAAUGGACUCCGUAGUGAUCUCAAGAUCUUGACUGUCACGACGUGUCGCAAUGGAGACCAUCUCCAUAUUCCCCAUGGGGCGCUGUUUAUCAUUGACAAUCGCCAAGAAAACAUGUGGUCAACGUUAUUAUGUAUCAAGUGGUUUCUUUUACGUACAAACGCCGUUGGGUCUAGAAGUGCGUGCGUUGAGCGAGACUCCACUGGUAGGGGAUGGGCAGAAACAUGUGGUGAUGAUGGGUGUUCAUAGCUUUUAUGGGUUUGCCCAAGGAUGGUCAGAUAAACAUGAACUGAGGUUUACUCACUGGGCAAGGAGGAGAGAUAAUGUUGUAAUUCUUGUUGGUAGCGAUACUGAGUACCAUGAUGAUGAUGAUCCC